UCGCGAUGAACCUUGGAGGAGGAUUUUACGGGGCGACUGGAACAAAAACAUGCUAUUAAAUCCCACAAAUCUACAAACCGCACACUUUUCUGUCACACUUUCUUCUUGAUUCUCUGCCACUCCUGAUUUUCCUGCGCCGGAUGUGAGGCGAACUCAACAGGGAUCCCCAUUGACAUUCUGUGGUGGUUCGUGAUUAGAGUAUGGCAGCUGCCAUCAGUGGCCGGAAUCCUGGUGGACGUGGACCAAACAGAAAUAAAGGUCGAAUCUUAGGCAUAAUUGAUGCCAUCCAUGAUGCUGUGGGACCGCCCAAACAAGCAGCUGCCGACCGGAGGACUGUGGAGAAAACCUGGAAACUCAUGGAUAAAGUGGUCCGCCUCUGCCAAAAUCCUCGACUACAACUGAAAAACAGUCCUCCAUACAUCCUGGAUAUCUUACCUGAUGCAUAUCAGCAUCUGCGCCUCAUCCUCAGCAAGUAUGAGGAGAGCCAGAGACUCACACAGCUCAGUGAGAAUGACUACUUUAAAAUAUGCAUUGAUAGUCUUAUAAAGAAAUCCAAACGUGCCAUUCGGCUCUUCAAAGAAGGAAAAGAGAGGAUGUAUGAGGAGCAAUCACAAGAAAGGAGAAACCUGACCAAGCUGUCUCUGAUAUUUAGCCACAUGCUGGCAGAAAUCAAAGCCAUUUUCCCAGGAGGACAGUUCCAGGGAGACACCUUCAGGAUCACCAAGGCGGAUGCUGCCGACUUCUGGAGGAAAUAUUUUGGUGAAAAGACCAUUGUUCCAUGGAAAGUUUUCCGGCACUGCCUUCAUGAGGUGCAUCUCAUCAGCUCAGGUCUGGAGGCCAUGGCCCUCAAAUCAACCAUCGACUUAACCUGCAAUGAUUACAUUUCUGUGUUUGAGUUCGACAUUUUUACACGCCUCUUCCAGCCAUGGAGUUCGAUUCUCAGGAACUGGAAUUUCCUGGCAGUGACACACCCAGGAUACAUGGCUUUCCUCACCUAUGAUGAAGUCAAGGCCCGACUACACAAGUACAUCAGCAAGCCAGGCAGUUACAUCUUCCGACUGAGUUGUACCCGACUUGGCCAGUGGGCCAUUGGUUAUGUCACCAAUGAUGGCAAUAUUCUUCAGACCAUCCCCCACAACAAACCGCUGUUCCAGGCUCUCAUUGAUGGGUACAGGGAGGGCUUCUACCUCUUCCCUGAUGGCCGCAGCUACAACCCUGACCUCACUGGUUUGUGUGAGCCAACCCCUCAUGAUCACAUCAAAGUGACACAAGAGCAGUAUGAACUCUACUGUGAGAUGGGCUCCACCUUCCAGCUUUGCAAAAUAUGUGCUGAAAACGACAAAGAUGUGAAAAUUGAACCCUGUGGUCACCUCAUGUGUACUUCCUGUCUUACAGCUUGGCAGGAAUCCGAUGGCCAGGGUUGCCCUUUCUGUCGAUGUGAGAUCAAAGGCACAGAGCCCAUAAUUGUGGAUCCCUUUGACCCACGAAAUGAGGGUAAUAAGUGCUUCUUCCUGGACCAGCACAGCUGUCCCUUUCUUGAGCUUGAUGAGGAUGAAGACAGAGAGGACUGCCUGGUCAUGACUGGACUGACCAACAUCAGAAAGCACUGUGCUGAGCACCAGAACUCCCCCAUGGUGUCUCCUAGCUCUUCCCCUGUUAGCCAACACAGAAAAGCUUAUGGAGGAGACCAAAGUCACUGUUUGCAGCACCUCAGCCUUCCCCCUGUUCCACCCCGACUAGACCUCAUCCAGAAGGGCACCAUCUGCUCCCCAUCCUCCAGUCCUAUUAGUUCCCCAAAGUCUUCACCGAGCAUGUCCAGAAAGCAGGACAAGCCUUUGCCAGCACCACCGCCUCCCCAGAGGGACCCCCCACCUCUACCUCCACCUGAACGGCCUCCCCCCAUCCCCCUGGAGUCACGCCACUCUUGGCUCCCCAGUUCUUCCUCUGUGUCCUCCUCUACCAGUUUGCUGGCAGGUUCCCAGAUCCCCCCUCAGCCCUUUAACCCAAGGGACGGCCCUUUUUCAGAUGACCCCAACUCUGGAUAUGAGCAUCGUCUCCAACUAGGACCCACUGUCCCCCCUCACCUGAAUGGAAGACCGCUCAGUUGUCCACCUGCAGAAUUUCGGAGGUUACCCGACAGAGGGGACAGGGCAAGAAACUCAGACAGCUCCAAGCCCUCCUUAAAUGGUGUUCAAGUCAACGAUGAGUCUGACAUCUGUCCCACACAAGAAGCAACGAUGGCAUCCACAGUCGGCAGUAGCCAAAACAGUGCUGUGUCAGAGCAUCAGCAGCGAGUGACAGAGAGAGCGCAGGAUGACUAUCAGAUCCCCUCAUCCAGCCUCUGCCUCAGUCAGGCUCCCCUCUGCCUGCCUGUACCCAGCAGCUCUACAGAGUUCUGCUUCAGGGAGAAGAUUCCCAGCCCUCCGGAGCCCAGGGGGCGCUCAGAGUCGCCCAGGGGGGCAGCACAUGCUGCCAUCUGUGUCUCUAACACCAACAAGACAUCCUCUGACUAUGACAUUCUGCUUCCCCCACAAGCUUUAAAGGACACCUUCAACAGCAGCCCUCCCUCCCAUCUUCCUCCCCCUCCACCAGCUCGACACAGCUUCACUGAUCUCUCCUCCUGCAGCUCCUCCUCUGUCUUCACACAACCACACAGACUGUCCUCUGGAAAGGAUCACUUGUUGUUAACCCCUGAAACUGUGUUUGACAUGCUGAACAAUGCUGCUCCUCUGCCUCCGGUCAGACGACAUGCUGAAAAUGUUAAAGGCUCCAGAGGCUGCCUGGAGUUUGACCCUUUACAAGACUUUCAAGGGGACUGUGUGCAGGCCCCUGCCAGACCACCCAAACCCCUCCCCAGGAAGAUCCCUCCCGACAGCCAGUCUGGGAAAUCCAACUGCCUGGAUCUGGAGACUGUGGAUGCCAAAAUAGCCAAGUUGAUGGGGGAGGGUUACCCCUUUGAGGAUGUGAAGAGGGCACUGAUAAUUGCCCAGUACAAGGUGGACGUUGCCAGAAGCAUUCUUCGAGAGUUUACCUUAAUGGCUCCAAAACUGAACCUCUAGUUCUGAAGACUUCACAGACAUCAGUGCAGAUGAAUGGACUGACAGAAAAUGGUUUUACACAUAGAAAGUUCUCAAAAGGAGACUUUAAACAAACAUAAGUAACCAUGACCAAAUCAGAGGAAAUUAAAUACCUGGAGAAAACCUUUUAAUGAUGUCAGCUGGAAAUAAAAGCAGGCUUGUUGUUCACAUAGUCCGAUGUCAGUGCAGGCCUCUGUUUUCAGGGGCUUGGUCUGCAUGCCUGAUAUAAAGCCUUGAUCCUGUUACUGCUGCAAGGCUCCCUUCAUGUCUGCUAGCCUCCACUCUUUAGUUUAAAAGGGGAACUUUUAAUAGAAUGAGACCUUUUCACUUUAGCUUACAUGUUAGCAGAUGCUGGUGGUUGCUUGACUUCCUGCUCUCCUCUUCAACUCAUCGACAUUUCCUGUCUCACUCACCUCCUUAUGUCUACUGCACCUCAUAGGAAACAGCAGAAUAUGAAUUGUCAAGAAGGAGCCUGAGGUUGCCUUAUUGCCUCCUUCAGAGCUGGAGAAAGUGGACACCAGCUCCAGUGGAGCCCCUUUAUUUCACCCAGUGUCUUAUAAGGACUACAACUGUGAAAUGUUAGUUUGAUUAUCCUCUUUGCUUCUUUUAUCAGGUAGGACUGGGACCUUUGUGAAAAAAUGCUCCCGUCUGUGAACAACAAGCCUAUAAAUGUUCUUGAUGAGGGAGCUCUGCCUCGUAGCUCUGCAGUCUGCUCAGGCCUAGUUUGGUUUGUUUGAGGAUGUUUUUGUUUUUCAUCAAAUGCAAGAGACAAGCGUGCCUACAUUUUAGCCUUUGCACUUAAAUGACAAAUGUAAACCUGUUGUGUUGAUCAGUGUGCCAGACUUUGUGUGUGCGAGCUCACAGCAGGCUGUCAUGCUGCUCUCUGGCUCUGGUUUAAGCCAUCGUAUUCUUGAAGAGUUACUAAACUCACAAACUAUUUUUAGCUGAAAACUGAUGCAUGUGGGUACUCAGUAAUUCUGUUCAUCAGUAUCUCAACGUUUAUGUACAAAGUAUUUCAGUUCUGCUUUAGGUGGUAGAAAUAUGCAAAGUGAGCACCCUCUACAGGCAGAAACCUAGCUACUACAACUGUAUUUUUCUACUUUGUUAUCCGGAGGUUGUUGAUGUGUGUUGCCCCAUAGAGCUCACCGGUGACCAGCUCUGGUUUCAGAGAUAAAGGCCCCUGUUUUAAAUCCUUUCAUAGUAGAAUAAGAACUUUAACUAACAGUAGCAUCAGCUGAACCUGGCAGGUAAAAGCAGCAGAACUUCUACAGGAGCAUAAACCAGUUUCACACGUGUCUCACCAUCAUGUUGGAAUGGUUCACUAUAGUAUGCCAUGUGUUACAGACCGGAUCAAGGUCCAGCACAUCUGUCCCCUCCGCAGAGAGCAAACAGUGAAACCAGGCUGACAUUACUCUUAAAAGCAAAGCGUUGGUGUUUAGGAAUUAUUGUGUUGGCUCUUUUUAGCAUUUUACCAUCACCCUGCCUUCCAUUUCUUAGAUCUAGAUGUUGGCUACUACUAUUAUCACUACUACAAAGGUCAAGGUGCACAAUCAAUCAUUGGUGCAUAUAUGGAUGGUACCAGUGCAGUCACCUGGUAUCCAAAUGAAUGCAUCGUUAGGCAUCCUCUGCUUGUGUAAUGUAACAACAGCAGAGUCAGACUUGACGAAUGGUCAGUAAUUCAGAUGUUUAGAGGCCCUUCUUAUAAAGCAGAUCUAGAACAAACACUGAAUGAGGGAAGAUUUACAUUUGAGAGAGGGAGGAAACUCAAACCAGAGUUAGCUCUGAGUCUGACUAUGGUAACUGAGUUUGUGAAGCUAACCUGGUCAGGAGAAGGAUUUCUUCAAUGACCCCCAGCCUCACAUCCACAUUCAUUCAUUCAUUCACUAGUAGGUGUGUUAGAUAUUUUAACUCUGGAUAUCAGGAGGCUGCGUUGUUUCAGUAAAAGUUAAUGUAAUUUGGCCUAAAUAAUGAACUAAACAGGAUAUAGGUGAGAGGAUGCAACAUGCUGAGGAUAGAGCUAAAGCACAAAUUAACUCCUGAACAAACUUAACUUUAAUGUGCCAAACAGGAUUGAAGAGUGGUGAGCCUGUUUAAACCCUAAUCCUGCUGGGAGCCUCCUAAACAAAUCUAGAAUUACAUCCCAUCCCACCAUCCUGUAUGAUUGAACAAGUCUAAGCUUACAAUUACAAUUUCUUCUUCUAAGACUAACAAAAACAGAUCUGUGGUGACAAAAACUAGACUAAGACUAACAAAAAUACAUCUGUGGUGACUAAAACUAGACUAAGAUUAACAAAAAUAGAUCUGUGAUGACUAAAACUAG